CUCGUCGCAUCAUGGUGCUGGGCUUGUUGGCACAAAACUGUUUUCCCUUGGUCUUCUUGCUGGAGCGUGCACGUGAGCAGGCCUGGAAGUGCGCCAGGGCUGGUCGCAGGCGUCCCAUGGAGGCGCUGCUGCGGCGCUUGGCGUAUCCCCAUGCCGUGGACGAUCGCUCCGGCGCCGAGCUGCUGCGGGUGGUGUGGUCCUUGAUCCAAAGCUUCCUGGGCGCUCCACCGGAGUUUCAAGUGGCGACCUAUGAAGUGGAUCCGUUUACCUUCAACCACACAGUGAAGCUUUGGGACUCCCGCGAAAUGAAUUCCAAGAUCCUGGCGGGUCACAGUGACACCGUGCUGACCGUGGCCAUGAAGGGUAACAUCGUGGUCACGGGAUCCUAUGACUGCACCGCCAGAGCCUGGGACGCCUCCAGAGGCGUUUUACUGAAGACCAUCCUCAAUGACUGUUCUGUCACGGCGGUAGGCGUUGAGCAUUCCACAGUCAUCAUCGGUGGCGUCAACGGUGUGGCGGCCCUCGGCAAGCUGACGGGUGACCAGCCAGUGCUCGAUUUCAGUACCACGUCCUACUCUUCAGACUGCGUGCAUUUGCUCGGCCACACUUCAGGGAUCUCCUGCGUACUGAUCCAUGGCGCCGUUGCGGUGACAGGAUCUCGAGACCGGAGCCGUCGGAUUUGGCACACGACUGGUGGCGUGAAACGAGUGCUGCUGCAUCCACGUCGUGUGACGGCCCUCUCGAUGCAUCGAAAUCUGCAAAUCUUAGUGACUGGAUCUGCUGAUAGUAUGACGCGGCUAUGGAAUGCAGAAUCCGGAGAGCUGAUGCAUGUGCUGCACCUGCCGCGGGAAGGGGACUGUUGGCCCUUGGCUGACCAAGUGGUGUCGGUAGCUGUGUGCGGGGAGCAUGUGGCUUACUCCUCUUCCUCGGGCAUCGUGCAGGUGUGGAAUCGCAGAACCCAUAGGAGCUGCACCUUGACCAAGGGCGAGUAUGGCCCUUUGGGUUCUCAUCUCGGCCUGGCAAUGCGUGAGAAUCUUCUCGUUGCGGGCUUUAAGGCUGGUUUCGCAAAGGCCUGGGACGUGAAACAGGCGGUGUUUUCGCCGUUUUUGUUGACCACGGGAUUUUACCCACACGUGGCCAAUCCUUCCUACGCCCUGAUGCUAUGAGCGCCGCGGCAGCUUCAACUCGAAUCUAUAUUAGGAU